AUCAAGCUCUUCCUAUAAAUUUUGUUUAAACAAUCCAAAAAAACAUAAUUGUGAAGAAUGGAUUGCUGGUCUACUGAAAAUGCUACCAAUGCUUUUCUCACAACUCUCAAAAUGGGUGAAAGAGGAAAAGCACCUGAUGUAACGGAGUUUAUAUCAGCUAUGGCGGGUGGAAAUAAUUCACAACUCAUGGUAAUGGCAUGUACCGGCCACCCUGGAUCCGCGCUACUAGGGUUAGUAGCAGCGGCUCAUCAAACGGGUGGCCGGGUAGUGUGUAUAUUACGUAGCGACGAAGAAAUGCAUGCAAUAAAAGAAACAUUAAUAUUGGAAGACUAUGCAAAAAUUGUUGAAUUUGUGAUUGGUGAUGAUGUUAAAACAUUAUUGGCUAGUAACUAUGAAGGAGCUGAUUUUGUACUAAUUGAUUGCAAAUUGGAGGAUUUUCAACAAGUGUUUGAAGCAGCACAACAAGGUGUUAGUGUUAAAAGUGCAUUUAUUGUAGGGUACAAUGCCCUACAUGAAAGACAUAAGUUAAGUUUUGAUCACAAAGGUUAUUUUCUACCAAUUGGAGAAGGGUUAUUAGUUAGUAAAAUUAGGGUUUUAGAAGGUAAAAAUAGUGGUGUUGGAAGGAGGAGUCAUUGGGUUGUUGAAGUUGAUGAAUGCACUGGGGAGCAACAUCUUUACAGGGUCAGCACUUCUCCAAAUACAAAUUAAAAGUACUAUAAUAUGAUGUUCGAGUCAGUUGAUUUUGUUCACGCUUCGAUUAUCUCGCAAGAUAUUUUUGCAUUAUUGCAUUAGGCGGAAUUUAUAUGUACCUUGUACGUCUCACUUCGUUGACCGCUUGCUUUUGUUGUAAAUAUACAUCCAAUUUUCAAUUUUCA